UGACCCAGGAAUAAAUCCCAUGAUUAAAGUAUGGGACUGGUCUCGGAAUGAUAGGGAUCCAACAUGCACCAGAGUCUCGAGAGCUGUGCCAUCACAUUUAAGGGCAACACCUGCCACUGCCCUUGCAGUACAUAAUAAGAAUCUCUUUGCAGUUGGCUUCCAAGAUGGUGCUGUGUCACUAUUCCGCGGCGAUAUCUCCAGACAGCGAAGUGGAAAGAUGAGGACAUUGCCUGAUUCUGGCACAAGUCCUAUCACAGGACUCGCUUUCAAAGGUGCGGACAAGCUGUUUGUGGUGAGCCGCUCCGCCACGCUGGUGUACCGGCUGUGCGAGGAGCGCUGCGUCACGCUGGACGCGAUGGGCGCUGCGCCCCACUGCAGCGUGCUCGCGGAGAGGCAGUGCUUCACUGUCGCCGCUACUGAUGCAAUAUAUUGUUAUACAGCAGAAGUUAGGGGUCCGUGUUACGCACUCGCCGGUGAGAAAGUACUCAUCAAUUGGUUCCGUAACUAUUUAAUAAUAGUCACCAAUGAAAUACAAACAAAAAAUACACCCUCUACAAGCGCGACAGCCAACAAAUCUCACCAUCUCACUGUACUAGAUAUUCAGAACAAAUUUAUAGUUUUUUCUAAAACAUUCGAUGGUAUUGAAGCUGUUUUAACAGAAUGGGGUUCAUUUUAUAUACUAACGAAGAAUAAAGAAAUGAUAUAUUUAGAAGAGAAAGAUCUGCAGUCCAAAUUGAGUUUGCUAUUCAAAAAGAACCUUUAUGACGUUGCAAUAAGGAUAGCGAGUAGUCAGCAUUAUGAUGUCGAAGGAUUGAUGGAGAUAUAUAAACAAUAUGGAGAUCAUUUAUAUAGUAAGGGUGAUCUAAAAAGUGCAAUAGAACAAUACGUCAAAACUAUAGGCUGGUUAGAAACGUCGUAUGUGAUAAGAAAAUAUCUAGAAUCUAGACAUCUAGAGUCUCUCGUGCAGUACCUAGAGGAACUUCAUAAGAAGGGUUUCGCGACGGAAGAUCACACUACAUUGUUGCUAACUUGCUAUGUGAAGAUCGACCAACACGAUCAACAAGGAAAACUUAAAGAAUUCAUCAAUUCUAAAGACAAAGCUAUUGAUUUUGAUGUUGAUGUUGCUAUUAAAGUUGUUCGUCAAGUGAGUGUAGAUGAUGCGUUAUCAUUGGCCGCUAACCACAAACGUCACGAUUGGUAUCUCAAGAUAGUGCUGGAAGACAAAAAGGGAUAUAAUACAGCGCUAGAUUAUAUCUCUGAUCUGGAGUUUGAUGAGGCUGAUAUGUAUAUGAAGAAAUAUGGACAUAAGUUAAUACAACAUGAACCUAAGGAGAGCACCAAAUUAUUAAAAUUAUUAUGCACUGACUACAAACCUCGCAGUAAGCCACUGGUUGAUGAAGAUUCUCUAAGCGGAGUUCACAAAGAACCUGACAGGGCGGUUCCCGACGAAUACAUCCACAUGUUCCUAAACAACUCGGAGCAUCUCAUAGAGUUUCUGGAGCAUAUGGUCUCCUGUUCAGACCUCAAGUGUUCCAGUCUGGUCUACAAUACCCUCAUAGAACAUUACAUUCAUGUCUGGGCCAAAACGGAGUCGGAGGAUAAAACUCAGGAAGCACUGAAGGUAUACAACAUGCUGAAGGACCCCGAGGCCAACUACGACAGGGACCAGAUGCUCAUCAUAUGUCAAAUGUUUAAUUUUAAAAUUGGCAUUCUGCAUUUAUAUGAAGAGAAGAAAUUAUGGCGCGCGACGCUGGCGCUGCACAUGCGCAGCGGCACGCCGGACGUGGCGCUGGAGGUGUGCCGGCGGCGCGGCGCGGCCAGCCCGCAACUGUGGCGCGACCUGCUGCACGCCGCGCCGCCCCCGCCGCCGCGCUGUCUGCACGAGCCGCUGCACCACCUCGCCAGCGAGAAACUGCUCUCGCCCAUCCUAGUCAUCGACUGCCUCACCAGCACCGAGUCUUACACGCUGGGCGAUGUGCGCACAUAUCUAAUGGACGUAUUAAAAGCGGAAGAGGAGGUGAUAAACAGAGAAAGAGAGCUGUCAGCUAAAUACAAAAGCGAGACGGAGAAAAUGAAGAAACAGAUAGAAGUUAUCCAGAACGAACCAAUCACCUUCCAGAGUUCGCGAUGCGCUGCCUGCAAUGGCUCACUGACAUUACCUUCUGUACACUUCUUCUGCCAACACUCUUUCCAUCAACAUUGUUUCGAGAGUUACUCCGAGUGCGAGAGCGAGUGCCCGGCGUGCGCUGCGUGCGCUGCGCCGCGCCCGCCCGCGCCGCCGCACCACGCCGCGGAGACUCUGCACUCCAGACUGCACAAGGAACACGACCCAUAUGCAGUGGUAUCAGAAUACUUUGGGCGAGGUUUGUUCAACAAGUUGACGGUGGUGACGGAGGGCGGUGCGGAGGGCGUGUCCCCCGCGGCCACGCCCCCCGCCCCCGCAGCCGCCCCCACACCGCCCUCACAGACACAACAGACGUAUGGACCCGGCGCUGAGGCUAAACUACGCCUGCAAGAAGGACAAAGUAAACAAGUGUACGUGUCGAGCUCGGGCAAGCAGGCGGGGGCGGGCGGCGCGGCGCUGGUGCCGGUGGCGGAGGGCCGCAUGCGGCUGCUGGAGCAGCAGCAGUACUCCUCCAGCCUGGAGGCCAACCUGCAGCAGCUGCGCCCGCGCAGGCCCUCGCCCGCGCCCUCGCACACUUACCAAGACGUCAGCAUGUCACCUAAAAUAUCUUCAGCGAUCAGUAACGGGGCUAACAAAAACCCUUUCGAAGACGACACUUACGAUGAAAGUAUGAACCCUUUCUGUGAUGAAGAGGCGAAAGACUCGAGCAACCCCUUCGCUGAGGACGAUGAUUAUGAUAAAAACCUCAACCCCUUCUCGUAAGGGGAAAUAUUCCACUUGUCCAAUGUCACUUGUAUUAGAAUAUUGCCCUCCCUUUUAUACUUAAAAAUAUAGAGAAAAUAAUUGUAUCACGUGUAAUUUCAAGUUAUAUAAUGUUGCCAACAUAACGUGAUUUAUCGCUUUGAAGUUAGGUUUUUUAACUGCUGUGGGAAAACUAUUGGGAUAUAAAUGUCGCUUUUUGAAUAUGUUGAAAUUGAAUAUAUUAACCGUUUUUGUUUUUUAGUAUAAAAUCGAAAUAAUAAUGGGGAAAAUCUUAAUUCUGUACUUUUUAUGAUAUUGGCAACAUUGAUGUGUAUAAGACUGGCAAUGAAUUGCAAUAUUUUACGUAUGAUCUUAAAAAUUAAGAAAUGUCUCAUUUUUUCAUGUAUUUACAGGAGUAAAAAACAA